AUGCCCGAUCACGACAAGUACCAGCUGCGUCCGCGGGCGGCGCGCACUCGGGAGAGUCGCGCGCGUCGGGCCCCGCAACCGCUUAGCAAGUAUCGCAGGAAAACAGCAAACGCACGCGAAAGAUCCCGGAUGAGAGAGAUUAAUAACGCCUUCGAAGCUUUACGAAGAGCGGUCCCGGCUUCGGAGAUAACCGGCAAUCCCGUGCCGUGCGAGAAGUUGACUAAGAUAACGACGUUGAGGCUCGCCAUGAGGUAUAUCACGGCGUUAUCUUCCGCGCUCAGAGACUCCAGUCCCGAGUCGGAGCCCGGCUCUAGGCCUGACCGCUGGCCGUCUCCAUUGUGUUCGGAGCUGUCCGAGUUCUCCACGGAGCAGGAGACUCCGUCAGAGUUCGCGGAGGACUCUCUGUCGCCCUUCGACUCAUUCUUCGCGGAAUUCGACUACGAGUAUAACAUAGACAGGACAUUUACGUGA